GACGGGAAGGAGCCAAGAUGGCGGCCGCGAGGCGCUUGGGGGCGGCGGCUGCGAGGCUGGGCGGCCGUUUCUGUCAUUUGGGAUUAAAAGACGUUAAUAUAGCAACUAAACGACCUCUACAUUUUGCUGCACAAGAGCUGCUUCUUCCUCCUGCAGUGCGACAGAUAAAAGUGAGGUCUAUGUUUAUUCAGACACAGGACACUCCAAAUCCAAACAGCUUGAAAUUUAUCCCAGGAAAACCAGUCCUGGAGUCUAGAACUAUAGAAUUCACCUCUCCAGCUUCCACAUAUUGCUCGCCUUUAGCAAGACAACUCUUCAGGAUUGAAGGAGUUAAAAGCAUCUUCUUUGGUACAGAUUUCAUCACAGUCACAAAGGAAAAUGAGGAUGUGAACUGGAACUUAAUAAAGCCAGAUAUUUAUGCAACUAUUAUGGAUUUCUAUGCUUCUGGCUUACCUAUCAUUACUGAAGAGGCACCUCGUUCUGAAACAGCUCCAUCUGAAGAUGAUGAUGAAGUUGUAUUAAUGAUCAAAGAGUUGCUGGAUACUAGAAUAAGGCCAACAGUCCAGGAAGAUGGCGGAGAUGUCAUAUUUAAGGGUUUUGAAGAUGGGAUUGUACAGUUAAAACUGCAAGGUUCAUGCACAAGUUGUCCCAGUUCCAUCAUAACGUUGAAGAAUGGGAUACAAAACAUGCUGCAGUUUUAUAUUCCAGAAGUAGAAAGUGUGGAACAGGUUGUUGAUAAUGAUAAAGAAGAAAAAGAAGCGAACUCAGCCUGAAUCAGAGAAAGUUUUGGACUUUGUCUAAACUUGCUACUCACUACAGAAAAAAGCCCUCAGCUUUCGUCACCACUUUUCCUGGAUAAUUCUCAAUUGACCUGCUUUCAUUUCUGUUUCAUGAUUCUAAGGAAACAAUGGAAACGUAUUCUUUAAAGAAGGAUUGUCAAUUUCAUAAAAUAUUUCCCCACUCCUUUAGAUGUAGAUAGCUUCUGCAGUGACCUACAUAUUCUGAACGAUGCAGUGAUAAAUAUUGAUAUAAAUUAUUGAUUUGUUAUUUAGAGCUCUUCCUGUUACUCAAGGUAAGAGCUAAACAAAUCCAGCUAUCAUUCAUUGAUGUUAUUUUGAGUCCUAUUGUCAAUGCAUAUGUAUCUUGCUCCUAUUAAAUGAAAAACACUGUUGUGAACAGAACUAGAAUAACCAGGCUUAAUCUUAAUUCUGCUCUGAUUAUGAUAUUAUGAUUGAUUGUACAGUUCUCAUUUUUAAAAAACUACUGUUAAUCCAAUAAAGCACAUUUGGUAUUUA